AUGGCGAGGGGUGGUAUUGGGGUUGGUGGCGGCUUCGCGAAGUGGAAGGGGCGCAGCUGGGUGAGAAGGGAAUUGGCGUCGGGCUUGUCGUUGCCUGCUGCUCCGUGGGCCAAGGCCAACGCGACAGGUACCAUUCCACGAACUCUGGCCACGAUUCACUGCCGCAGAAACAUUGACAACGAUGCUUUAUAUAUAUUCACCAAUGUUGAUGAGUGA